CUCUCUCUCUCUCUCCCCCCCCCCCUCUCUGUCUUCUCUGCAAGUAAGGAAAACAUCAUGCUUCUGAACCUGCAACAGAAACCCCCCUUCUUCUUCAUCUUGUUGAGCUUCACGAUCUGGUCAUGGUGGACCCUUGACGGCGUCGUUUCAGACCCUCAGACAAUUGCUGUGAGGCUAGGUUGCAGCCAAACCAAUGUCAGUGACGUAUCCAUCUUCCAAGACAACCUAAACGCAACGUAUCAGAACAUUAGAACGCAGAUCAGCAACCAAAGCAAACACUUCGCCACGGCGCAGGUAGUGAAGGGUAACAACCCUGCUUACGGCCUUUUUCAGUGCAGAAACUACCUCUCCAUCGCCGACUGUCUCUCUUGCUUCGACUCUGCCGCCGGUUUGCUACGACACAACUGCUCCGCCGCCGUCAACGGCGCCCACCUCAUAUACGACGGUUGCUUCCUCAGGUACGAGAGCACUACCUUCUUUGACCAGUCCACAGACGCAGGCAACAACAUUCAUUGUGGAAAUGAAACAAAAAAUUCCACAGAACUUGCUUCAACUGUGCAACAAACGCUGAAGAAUCUGGAAAUAGCAACACCAAGAAUUGCUGGUUACUUUGCAGCCACUAAAACGACAGUUCCUAACAGUAACGGUUCAACCAUUUAUGCCUUUGCUCAAUGUGUUGAGGCUCUCACUCAAAGUGGCUGCGACAAUUGCUUAAACAUUGCCUUAAGAAAUUUUCAGAUUUGUCUCCCCAACUCAAAUGCUAAGGCUUUUGAUUUUGGCUGUUUCAUGAGAUACUCCACCACUGCCUUCUUCGCUGACAAUCAAACCACUGAUAUCAAUCACAUCUUGAAACAAGGAGAUUCAAGCAAGAAGGGGGCCAUUAUUGGUGGUCUCGUGGGAGGAGUAUCUUUUAUUUUGAUUCUCUUUGCGUUGUUUGCUUUGUAUAGUCGAUCAAAGUCAUCGAAGAUGGUUCCUAAAGGUGACAUUUUGGGAUCAACUGAGUUAAAAGGUCCUGUUAACUUUAGGUAUAGAGAUCUAAAGUCAGCGACACAAAACUUCAGUGAAAAAAAUAAACUAGGAGAAGAAGCUUUUGGUGAUGUAUACAAGGGUACUUUAAAAAAUGGAAAAGUAGUUGCUAUCAAGAAAUUGGAUUUAGGCCAAUCCAGACAGAUGGAGAAAGAAUUUAAGAGUGAAGUAAAGUUGAUAAGUAACGUUCAUCAUCGAAAUAUUGUUCGACUUUUGGGAUGUUGCAACAAAGGCCAAGAGAGACUUCUUGUUUAUGAGCACAUGAAAAACAACGAUGUUGGACAAUUCCUUUUUGUGGUGCACAUAGGUGAAAAUAAAGACGCUCUCAGUUGGAUGCAACGUUAUGGGAUAAUUUUGGGCACUGCAAGGGGUUUGGCAUAUUUACAUGAAGAAUUUCAUGUUUGCAUCAUACAUAGAGAUAUAAAAACUAAUAACAUCUUCUUGGAUGAUGAUUUCCAACCUAAAAUUGCUAAUUUUGGAUUAGCGAGGCUUCUGACAAGAGAUCAAUCUCAUCUCAAUACAAAUUUUGCUGGAACAAUGGGAUAUGUAGCACCUGAAUAUGCAAUGCAUGGACAAUUAUCAGAAAAGGUAGAUAUUUAUAGUUAUGGUGUCAUAAUCCUAGAAAUCAUAAGUGGACAAAAAGUUAGUGCAUCAAAGGUUGAUGACAAGGGCGGAUACCUCCUUCAAAGAGCUUGGAAACUGUACGAGAGAGGAAUGCACAUAGAGUUUGUGGACAAAAACUUAGACCCAAAUGAGUAUGAUGCAGAAGAGAUUAAGAAGAUCAUAGAGAUUGGAUUGCUUUGCACACAAGCAUCACCCGCAGCAAGGCCAAAAAUGUCUGAAAUUGUUAGAAUGCUCAAGAGAAAGAGCUUAAUGGAGCACACACAACCCACUAUGCCUGUCUAUGUUGAUCCUAGUUCUUGGCCCAAGAGAGAAACCUCUGUGUCUCAUAGUUCGUCUUCAUCAAAUGCUACUGUCUCCGUUUCCAUUCUAUCAGGAAGGUGAUUGCGUUACAUUUGAUCGUAUCGUUAAGGGUCUCUUGAAGUUCGACCCUGGAGAAUAUACAAUAGUGAUUAUGAAAAAGAAAAUUGAUCAGUAAGUUUUCUCCUUUAUUGCAUCAUUACACAAGAUCUGAGUACAAUGAAACGUCAAUUUUACCGGGAGCAAAGUUUGCAGUGAAAUGAUAGCCUCUUGGCCUAUGGUGUAAAAUAAGUCAGUUGAAUAUGACAGCGUGAGUUAUGUAUAUGUACAUGAAUUGGAAAUCUUGUCUACAUUAAGUCUACAAAUCAUUCUUCAUGUUA